AUGGAUGCAGUUCGAUUAUUCCGACGAUUACCGGUUACCCCUCGCUCAUCUAUGAAUAGAAUAUCACUCGAACAAAUCAUACCGCUUCAUGAUGAUGAUCGUUUGGUACCUAUAUCUACGAAAAAGAAGAGUCGUUCCAUAGAAUCAUUGAAUACGAAUCAACCUUCAAGCGAAUUUGCUUAUCCACAAAGAAUCAUUAUCGGGCCAAAAUCAUUGACGAAUCCCUGCUCUUGUCAAGUUACAAUGUGCUAUCGAUCGGACUCAGCUUCAUCUCCUGUCUCACAGCAGCUGAGACGUGAUGAAGUAAUGGUUCAUCAAUUCGGUAGUGAUGGUUCAAGUUGGAUUGUAUUUAAAGGUUUUCUCAAAGAAGCAGAAUUAUUUACCUUCAAAUCUCGCCGGUCGAUCGAUGAUCGGUUUCAUUUGAAACUUGAAAUCAAUGGAUAUCUCGAUACAACAAUAUCCGGAUGUUGUGAGCAUCCAUAUCGUCAUGGUGGACGGAUCGAUGAUGGAGAUAGUUCGUUUUGGAUUGUAACUGUAGAGCAAUACACGUCAUGCACAAAAUGUAAGGAAAGUAAAGAUUCAUCUGAUGACUCUGACGGCGAUGAAGAUGUGAUACUAGGAAAUACAAGUAGCGACGACGAUGAAGAUGAAGAAGAGGAAGAACCUCAGCCUAAAGUCCCACAGAAAUCUCUUGAAGUGGAACCAGCACUACCAUUCAUAGCUAAGGACCCGAAGAAGAUCUCGGCCACAGUUCAGUCUAUAUCCAGUGCACUGUUGUCAUCAACUAAUUCUGAAAUGGCGUCAGAAAAAAGUAUAUUCGUCGAGAAUGAAGCGGCUUUGCUCAAUUUUGUCAAAGAUGCUAUGAAUGAGGCUUUAUCAAAAAAUCAAUCAAAACAAACGAUUCCUCAGCGACGAAUGGGGAAUGUUGAAAAUUUUACUGUUCUGUAUAUCGAUCAAACUGAAGCGCCAGAUCUCAAUCUUCUUCGUUCGACUAUAAACUUUCACCAUGUACUGAACGAUCAAGACACCCUCAGUGCAUUCUUAUCAACACAGAACGACGAACAGUUUAUUGUUAUUAGUCCCGCUCAUCAUGCUCAAACAGUUUUUUCCGAACUUCAAAAACAUAAAUCUAUUCACUCAAUUUACUUACUGUCGAAACAAAUGAAUUCACCCGACUGGAUCAAUGAUUACGAUAAAAUCAUUGGCAUAUAUCCGACUAUUGAAUCAAUUCGUGAUCAUUUACAGAACACGCUGAUCAUUAUCUCAACGCGAAUGAUACCAAUCGAAAUCACUUCGAAAAGUGAUACCACAUUUAAUCAUUGUCAGCUACUAAAAGAAACUCUUCUGCACGAGGAGCACGAAAGUGAUUUGAAGAAAGAUAUGCUCACAUUCUGUCGUUUACACUACGCUGAUAAUCAAGAAGUCCUGCGUGAAAUCGAUGAAUUUGAUAUGUCAUCGACAAAUUUAAAUAGUAUUCAAUGGUACACACGUCCUUGUUUUGUUUCGAAGAUUUUGUCACGUACAUUUCGUACACAAGAAAUCGAUCUCUUAUUUAAGAUGCGUUAUUUCAUUGAAUGUUUACAUAAGCAAAUUCAAUCGAAUGCUUUGAACGAGACAGUGACUAUUUAUACAGUUCUAAAUGUUGAAGACGAAACCAUUCGGAACUUUCAAGAAAAUCUCAAUGGACUUGUCACCUUCGGCUCAUUUCUUCCCGGUACGUUUCAACGUCCAACGCUAACCGAAAACCGACAACGAUUAGUCCUCUUCGUCAUUCGUCUCCAACCCACUUGUGCAGCAAAUAUCGAAUCAUUUCGUUAUACAAAUUGUAAAACGGAUGUUUUAAUCAAUUUCGACACUGUCUUUCGUAUCAUUUCUAUCGAUGACCGACAUAGCAUAAGUUUGGAAUCUAUCUCACGCGACGAUGCUCAAUUUCAACAAAUAACACAACCUCUACGCGAGCAGAUAGCAACACCCGUGAUGCUACUUCAACUAACUCGACUUCUCUUAGCAAUGAAUCAUUAUGCCCAAUGCGAUUAUCUCACGGAACUGAUCUAUCAAGAUAAAUCUCUGGAAAAUAAUGGAACGCUGCUAGCAAGUUUAGCAGCUGCACAUCAUAUGAUAGGUAGUGUCGAUGCAAGUCGACGCGAUUUUGCGACGGCACGUUAUCAAUUCUUCAAAUCUGUACGUGCCUUUCAGCAAUUUCUACCGCCUACCCAUCGAAUGCUAUCCGCUACUUAUAAUAAUAUCGGCAGUAUGUUUACUCAGGAUAAUCGACGUGAUCUUGCGCUUCAUUUCUACGAAAUUGCUGUGGAAUGUCAACUGAAAUCGACGAAACCUGAUAUGGAUUCUGUGGCUACAUAUUCAACAAAUAUAAGCUCUGUUUAUAUUGAACAAAAGAGAUACACUGAAGCUAUUAAACACUUGCAACGAGCGGCAGCGAUACGUGAAAAAAUGCCCAUCGAAGAAAAUAUUAAACCGAUGAUUUCAUUGUUUCAAAAGAUCGCGAGUUGUCUCUGGAACACGAAUAAAUCUUCCGAAGCUUUAGAAUAUUAUAAGAAAACACUAGAUCUUCAACUUCGACUACCUAAUCCAUCACCGCAACCAAUGUCGGUUACCUAUUAUAAUCUGUCGACGGCAUACGAACGACUUGGUGACUAUGAUCAAGCAGCUGUGUGUGCAGAAAAAUCGAUUGAAUAUCUGAAAAUGAUUUCGGAAAAUCAUCCGGAAUUAGAGGAGAAUCAAGCACAAUUGAAUUCAGUUCGAGAGAAACAAUGGCUUAAAAAUGUUUUAGCAGUCAACAAUUAA